UUUAAAUGAUAUAUAAAAUAUGGCACUACUAAAUACGAAUGAACACGAAAACAACAUAGGCGAUUUAAAAUAUCAGACAUUAAAAAACAAUUUAGAAAACUAUAUAAGUAACACAUUUACAAAAAUACACGAAUUUCUUCAGGAAAGCGAAGUAAAAUUGUUAGAUAAAGUUAACAUUAAGCUGAACAAAUGUUUUAAUAAAGAUAAUAAUGACACAGCUGGAGAGAACGUUCAUGUGCCAGGCGAGAUGGAGGAUCAAAACAAGUAUGAUUUGUUGACAAACUUAUUUAAGUAAUAUCGUCGAUAUUUUUUCUGUAUCAAUAUACAUUUUAGACUAUAUAAAUAAAAAGAUAAAGUUAAUUUGUGAAUAUAUCCAAAGAGUCAUCGAGACAGUAUCAUACGAAGGCAAAUUGAUACCUCAUGAAGCCAAAUCGAAACCUCAUGAAGGCAUAUCGGUUAAUGACGAAUGCAAACCGGUAACACACGAAGGCAAAUCGGUACCUAACGAAAGCAUAUCGGUAAUUCACAAAGAAAAAUCGGUUACUCACGAAGACAAAUCGGUAACUCACGAAGACAAAUCGUUAACACACGGAGGCACAUCGGUAACUCACGAAGGAAAAUCGGUAACUCACGAAGACAAAUCGUUAACACACGGAGGCACAUCGGUAACUCACGAAGACAAAUCGGUACCACACACAGGCAUAUCCGUAAAAACGCAGACAAAGCGUUACCCCACGGAGGCAAAUUGGUACAUCACAAAGACAAAUCGGUACCUCACAAAGACAAAUCCGUUCCUCAGGCAGACAAAUUGGUACCUCACAAAGGCAAAUCGGUACCUCACGAAGUCAAAUUUGUACCUCAAGAAGGCAAAUCGACACCUCACGAAUACAAAUCGGAACCUCGCGAAAGCAUGUCCGUAAAUAAAGAAAGCAUAUCGAUAAACCCCGAAGAAAAAUCGUUAAUACACGAAGGCAAAUCGGAACCUCAGGAAGACAAAUCGGUUACUUUCGAAGACAAAUCGGUACAAACCGAAGAAAAUUCGAUAAUACACAAAGACAAAUCGAUACCUCACGAAGACAAUUCGGUACCUCAGGAAAACAAAUCGGUUACUCACGAUGACAAAUCGGUACAGUACGAAGACCAAUCGGAACCUCACGAAGAUCCAUCGGAAAAUAGCGAAGACAAAUCGGUAACUCAUGAUGGCAACUCGGUACUUCACGAAGGCAAAUCGGUAACUGACGAAGGCAUAUCGGAAAGUCAUGAAGUCAAAUCGGUAACUCACGAAGACGUAUCAAUAACUCUAGAUGGCACAUCGAUCAUCCCAUCUAAGAAGCAGGCAUACCAAAUAGCUACUCUGACUAAAGAGCCCUUUGAGAUAAAAGACGGCGGAAACACAAAAGAGCUAAUGGAUUGCUUUUGCAAAUACGCAGAAUCAAGACAAAUUGUAAAAGGCAAUAAAUCUAAAGCGAAAACUAUAUUCGUCUUAAAGAAAUUCUGCACGCGAGCAGAAAACGAUUCUCAAACUGCCAUUGACAAGAUAAAUGGAAAAGACGAUAUUUCAAGUAUCGCGGUAGUUCUAUUUCAUAAAGUCGCAGGAAGUGUCACCAAGGAAGAUGUCAGAUUGAACGACUAUUAUCAUCCUGGAACAAAGCACACAUUCCAUAUCCCAUAUAAAAUGAACAUAGAUGGAUAGAGAUAGACAUUUAUUAUGAUAUAUGGCCUCAAACCCAAUCAUUUGUAAGAUAAGACACUGUAUAUAUUCGCCACUCCUGCAAGGUUUGGACACGAACAAACGGUGAAAAUUUGUCUCAAAGGUUUAAUUGUCCUAAAUAAAUGUAUGUUAAUGAAAUUCAUCUUCAGUUAUUGUUAUAGUUUGUCCACAUGGUUUGGCUCUCUUGGAAUGUACUAUAUAAUACAUGUAGAAAGGUAAAUGUGAAAACGACAAUUAAUCAAAUGGAAUUGGUUGGCUAAAAAGCCCCCGAAAAACUUCAAUCACCAUGUAAGAAAGUGUGAGUUUAUUAUAUGUUAAAAAUAUUGUUCUCAUUAGUGUUUCAAUUUUACGUUUCAAAGUGAUUUAAAGUUUUUGAUAUGUUCGAGUUAUUGUGACGUCAUUUGAAAAACUGUUUCCGGUAAUGGUCGGGUCGUUCUAUUUACAGAACGAAUGAGAAAGAAUUGCUGUAAGGUUGUUUUUCUAAAUAAAAUGAA